AAUUAAACUUAAUAAACUCCAUUUAGUGCUUCAACAGAGAAAAUCUCACACCCAAACCCAAACCCAAACCCAAACCCAGUGGUCAGUGUCACGCUUCUCUCGCCUUAUAAAGUAGUACAAAAAUUCACAGCUCUCGAUUCUGGAUCUCUUUCCGUUUCUUCUUCCACUCAAUAACACGCGCACUCUGUUUUCUGAAUCCUAAUCUGAACCCUAGUGAUCGAGGAAAAUGGUUUACACCGUCUCGGGGAUUCAGUUCCCCUCGGUUCCUUCGUUGCAGAAAUCGUCGCAGCUGAGCUUCCACGAUCGAAGGAGCGCUUCGUUCUCAUUUCUCCUGAACAGGAACUCCUUCUCUCGGAAAAGUCUCGCUGUAAAAUGUUCCCAUGAUUCUGACUUGUCAUCUUCCACGGUUGCUGAAUCUGAUAAAGUACUUAUUCCUCAAGGUCAUGAUAACUCUUCAACCACGACUGAUGAAGUUGAAGCUCCUGAUAUAACUUCAGAGGAUCCGCAGAAAAUACAAGAGUUUACCAUGAAAGGUGAGAAAAUUGAUUAUGAAGCAGUUAGCACUGACAAAGAUGACAAGGAUGGGCAAGGUCAUGUUUUGUCAUCACAUGUGGAUGUUGACACCAAUACUCAAGCUGAGAAUACAUCAGUAUCUAUAAACAAGAAAGUGAAGGUCGAAAGUGAGGAAGCUAGACCAAAGAUCAUUGCCCCACCUGGCACUGGUCAUAAAAUAUAUGAGAUUGAUCCAUCUUUGCAAGCUCACCGUGCUCAUCUUGACUUCCGUUAUGGACAAUAUAAGAGAUUGCGUGAAGAAAUUAACAAGAAUGAAGGUGGUCUGGAUGCAUUUUCUCGUGGUUAUGAAAAAUUUGGCUUCACCCGCAGUGCUACAGGCAUUACUUACAGAGAGUGGGCACCUGGAGCAACGUCAGCAGCAUUAAUUGGAGAUUUCAACAACUGGAAUCCAAACGCAGAUGUAAUGACUCGGAAUGAGUUUGGUGUAUGGGAGAUCUUCUUGCCAAACAAUGUGGAUGGUUCACUGCCAAUUCCUCAUGGUUCUCGAGUCAAGAUCCGCAUGGAAACUCCGUCUGGAAUCAAAGAUUCAAUCCCUGCUUGGAUAAAGUUCUCUGUACAGGCUCCUGGUGAAAUUCCAUAUAAUGGUAUAUACUAUGAUCCACCAGAAGAGGAAAAAUAUGUCUUCAAAUAUCCACAGCCAAAGAGACCAAAAUCACUUAGAAUAUAUGAAUCACAUGUUGGAAUGAGUAGUCCGGAACCAAAAAUCAAUACGUAUGUCAACUUUAGAGAUGAAGUGCUACCUCGCAUUAAAAGGCUUGGCUAUAAUGCUGUCCAGAUUAUGGCUAUUCAAGAGCAUUCUUAUUAUGCUAGCUUUGGGUACCAUGUUACAAAUUUCUUUGCACCUAGCAGCCGGUUUGGAACUCCGGAUGAUCUCAAGUCUCUCAUAGACAAAGCCCAUGAAUUAGGCCUGCUUGUUCUGAUGGAUAUUGUACAUAGUCAUGCAUCAAAUAAUACACUGGAUGGGCUGAACAUGUUUGAUGGAACUGAUACUCAUUACUUCCAUGGUGGGUCACGAGGUUAUCAUUGGAUGUGGGAUUCUCGUCUUUUUAACUAUGGAAGCUGGGAGGUUCUAAGGUAUCUGCUUUCAAAUGCAAGAUGGUGGCUGGAAGAAUAUAAGUUUGAUGGGUUUCGAUUUGAUGGUGUCACAUCAAUGAUGUAUACUCAUCAUGGAUUGGGGGUUGGUUUUACUGGAAAUUACAAUGAGUACUUCGGUUUUGCAACUGAUGUUGAUGCUGUGGUUUACCUGAUGCUGGUUAAUGAUGUCAUUCAUGGGCUCUUUCCUGAGGCUGUUACUAUUGGUGAAGAUGUCAGUGGAAUGCCAACAUUUUGCCUUCCUACACAAGAUGGUGGGGUUGGCUUUGACUACCGCCUGCACAUGGCCAUUGCAGACAAGUGGAUUGAGAUUCUCAAGAAGAAAGAUGAAGACUGGGAAAUGGGUGAUAUAGUUCACACUCUCACAAACAGAAGGUGGCUAGAAAAAUGUGUAGCAUAUGCUGAAAGUCAUGACCAAGCUUUGGUUGGGGACAAGACAAUUGCAUUUUGGUUGAUGGACAAGGAUAUGUAUGACUUCAUGGCCUUAGAUAGACCAUCUACUCCUCUCGUAGAUCGUGGUAUAGCACUACACAAGAUGAUUAGGCUUAUCACAAUGGGUCUUGGUGGGGAAGGGUAUUUGAAUUUUAUGGGGAAUGAAUUUGGCCAUCCUGAGUGGAUUGAUUUUCCAAGGGGUGAUCAACAUCUUCCUACUGGUGCAGUAAUUCCCGGGAAUAAUUACAGUUAUGAUAAAUGUAGGCGUAGAUUUGACUUGGGGGAUGCAGACUAUCUUAGAUAUAGGGGGAUGCAAGAAUUUGAUCAGGCUAUGCAGCAUCUGGAAGAAAGGUUUGGUUUCAUGACUUCUGAACACCAAUAUAUUUCUCGGAAACAUGAGGGUGACAAAGUUAUAGUGUUUGAAAGGGGCAAACUUGUAUUUGUCUUCAAUUUUCAUUGGUACAACAGCUAUUCAGAUUACAGAGUUGGAUGCUUAAACCCAGGGAAAUACAAGAUUGUCUUGGAUUCAGAUGAUCCCUUGUUUGGUGGCUUCAACAGACUCAAUCCCACAGCCGAGUACUUCACCUCUGAUGGAUGGUAUGACGACCGACCCCGAUCUUUUCUCGUGUAUGCACCUUCUAGAACAGCUGUGGUGUAUGCCCUCGCAGAUGAAGCUGAACCAGAGCCAACGCUAAAACCAGUUGAAGUCCUAAAACCAGUUGAAGUGCUAGUGAUGGAACCAGAGCUAGAGCCAGAGCCAAAGCAAGUGCUAGAGUCAGAGUCAAAGCCAGAGCCAGUUGAAGCAGAAGUUGAACCCUGAUGACUAUUUUCUGGGACAAAUGUGACUAGUGCUGCAUGGCAUGUUUGCGAUAACAACUCCAAGUCAAACUAGCCAACAAAUAUAUUUGUCGGUAACGCUGAAAAGCUAAGAAGCUGAAGUAAAAAAGUCGGAAUAUCGUUCAUUGUGAACCGCUAUUUAAUCUUAAGCGAGGCAGCAUAGUAACGUGAAAAUCUUGUACUUGUGUCUUGCUAGGUAAAAUUAUGUAUAGCACGCAGAGUUUUAUGUUUUUAGGGUUUUAUGUUUGACCUCUACGGAUCGCAUCACAUUUGAGGAAUGUGAAUUAGCAAAACAUCUGUCCACGACCCUCACUGUACCCGAGCAGCAUUCACCAAUCAAUCAUUCCUAAUUGCAAAGGUUCAGAGGGAUCUUACCCUGAAAAAUUUUGCGAGAGGCUUUUGCUUUUGUAAAUGUCUCCGUCACAUUUAGUUGUUGGUUGUAGCAAUAAGCAGUGUUUCACAUUUGAUUGGUUCAA